UUUAUUUGACCUUCGUAGACUUUAAUUAAGCUUCAAGUCUCUAGAGCUCUUCCCCCCCACCCCCCCCCCCCCCCCCCCCCCCUAUAGACCUCAUGGAGCUAACUUGGUUUUACUUGAUUUCUAUAGCCUCGAUUCUCUCUCUCCUUCUCCUGAAACUCCUCCAACAGAAACAAUCCUCACCAAAAAUCACACCACCGUCUCCGCCUCCACUUCCUAUAAUCGGCCAUCUCCAUCUAAUCAAGCAACCAUUGCACCGAACACUCGAAAAACUUUCCCAACAAUAUGGCCCGAUUUUCACCCUCCGAUUCGGGUCUCGUCCAGUACUCAUCCUAUCCUCUCCCUCCGCAAUCGAAGAGUUAUUUUCCAAAAACGACCUCAUUUUCGCAAACAGGCCGCGGCGUCUAGCUGGGAAACACAUCCAUUACAACUACACAACAAUAGGGUCCUCCUCGUACGGGGAGCACUGGCGAAACCUCCGCCGCCUUACAACACUAGAAAUCUUCUCCACAACGAAACUAAACUUGUUCUUGGGUAUUCGACAGGAGGAAGUCCGGUCGCUGUUGAGAAAUCUGUCUCGCAGUUUGCGUAAAUCUUUCGUGAAGAUCGAGAUGAAAUCGAGAAUAUCCACGAUGCUAUACAAUACGAUCAUGCGAAUCCUUUCAGGGAAACGGUACUACGGGAUCGAUGAGAAGGACUCCGAGGAGGCUACGGAGUUUCGGGAAAUCAUCAGGAACGUUUCUGAGUUAAGUGCAGCGUUGCAUCUGGGGGAUUUCGUGCCCUCUUUGAGGUGGGUUGAUUUUGGGAAGCUGGAGAAGAGGAUGUUGACGACCAAGAAGAAAAUGGAUGCGAUUUUACAGGGUUUGAUCGAUGAGAAUCGGAGUGAAGAUACAGAGGUUUUGCAUUCAAAUGGCGGGAAAGCGAAGUCGAUGAUCAACUCUAUGCUGGGUUUACAGAACUCAGAUCCUCAGUAUUAUUCUGACGAGAUAAUCAAAGGCACCAUACUGUCAUUGUUAGGCGCUGGAACCGACACAUCAGCAUCGACCAUCGAAUGGGCACUGUCUCUCCUGCUCAACCAUCCCGACGUUUUAGACAAAGCUAGAGCCGAACUUGACGUUGUCAUUGGCGAAGACCGUUUGGCAGACGAAUCGGAUCUCUCCAAAUUGCCCUACCUCCAAAAUAUCAUAAACGAGACUCUCCGAUUGUUUCCAGCAGCGCCACUCCUCUUACCGCACGAAUCGUCCGAUGACUGCACGAUUGGAGGAUUCCAAGUGGAACGUGGAACGAUGUUGUUGGUCAACGCUUGGGCUAUUCACAGAGACCCGAAGGUGUGGGAGUACCCCACGAGUUUUAGACCGGAGAGGUUUGAAGGUGUGGAAAUUGAGGCAUACAAGUUACUACCGUUCGGGAUUGGGAGAAGGAGCUGCCCGGGGGCGGGACUCGCCAAUCGGGUUGUGGGGCUGGCUUUGGCCACGUUGAUUCAGUGCUUCGAGUGGGAGAGGAUUAGUGAAGAGCUUGUGGACAUGUCUGAAGGGCAAGGGGUCACUAUCAGUAAAGCUAAGCCAUUAGAGGCUAUGUGCAGAGCACGCGAAAGAAUGGUUAAUGUGCUCUCAGAGCUGUGAGCACGUUGUACUUCAAUUAUAUCCGUCCUAAAACUUAGGCACGCGAAAGAUCCUUUGUAGACAAUUUAUGUUGUUGUAAUUGAAUAAUAUGCACAAGCAUCAUAUAUUGUAUUCAAGCCCAUAAUAUGUAGUUUAAUGAGCA